AUGCUUGUUGAUGGGGAACAAAUACUCUCAUGUGAUAACGACAGUGCCAAAGAUCUUCAAUCUAUGGAUGUACUACUGCGGUGCAAUACUAUUUUUGACUCUCAAAGAUGUGAAGCUCAACAGUCGUCUACAAAUGGAUCACAUUCGGCAAAUAAUGCUUGUGAUGACGACAUGGAGACAUAUUCUCUUACCAUGGACAGUAAAAAUCAGACGUGGUCAAUGACUCUUAAAAGGGUUCAUGAAAUCUUCUGGAUUUUCCUCAGCAUUAGUUGUGGGAGGUAUGAUGUCCAUAUACAACUAAACACGUCUAAAAUUCGAACAUGUAAACAGAUUGAAAUAGCUUGCAAUAUUACCAGUAAGACAAAGGUUGUUACUUGCGAUCCCUCUGGAGUUGUUCUUGGAAACAAAAUUAUAUUACGACGAGUAGAUGAUGGUGCUAUACAAAUCAAUGAAGUUAAGUCAAUAGAUUUUACAACCUUGAAAAAAAUCCAGGUAAAAACACAAUCUGUUGAUUUAAAUGGAAAGGAUGCUUUUGACGGUAAUCUAGAUUCUCACAUUUUAACAGAGGAAAGAAAAAAUGCAACAUGGUAUAUGACAAUGGAGGAAAUAUACGCGAUAAAAUGGAUACUCAUUUCUAUAAGAGGGGGAAAUUACGAAUUGCAUAUAACAAAUGAAGGGGUGUUCGUCUCCAAUGAAUCGACAAUUUGCAGUGAAUUUAAUUUACAUAACCCUUCUACAAAAUACCAGAUUAUCGUAGAAUGUGAAAGAGAAAUGAAGGGAAACUCUAUCACAAUAAAAAGGACAGAUAAGGGACCGAUUAGACUGUUUGAAGUACAUCCUAUACUUUGUCCAGCUUUGCAUUAUGGAAUAAAUUGUGCUAAAUGCAAAAAGGCGUGUUUAUCCUGCAAUCCUAUAUCAGGUGUAUGUAAGCAAUGCCGUGGACCUUUCUUUGGUGAUUAUUGUCAACAUCAAUGUCCAACAACGUGUCUCAAUACGACAUGUGACCAGGUGACCGGAAGUUGUGAUAGCUGUAGAGAGGGAAAUAAUGGAGAGAAUUGUGAACUUCAAAUGUCAAUAGACUAUAGGAGAACUGAAGUGGUAAGCAGUACAAAUUCCGUGUUGGAUGUCCCUAAAGAAGAAAGGGAUAAUAAAGAAGAUUCAGAUGAAGGCUCAGUCUUGGUGGUGGUUCUUAGUGUGUUGGUUGUUUUAUUACUACUGGUCAUCAGUAUUCUCUUUGUAUCAAAGUGGAACAAACAGAAGUCCAAAACAGAUAAGGAAAAGGGAUUUUCUGCAAAUUAUCAUAGAUCAGAGUCAAGAAAUGAAUCAGAGCUGGAAGAAAUUCCUCAAAACGAGACUGAUUAUGUAGAAGAGGAGGAAAGAGUUACUGUGGAAUAUUGUAAUUUGACGUCACAGAUGGUGUCCUUGGAACAGUUUAUCCGGGAAUUACCAGAGAAGAAGCGCAAUGGUAUCUUAGAGAAAGAAUUCGAUGACCUUCCGAAUGGAUUAUUAGAAUCUUACUCGAACGCACUUAAAACUUCCAACAGGACUGGGAACCGAUACAAAGGCAUCUAUCCUUAUGACUAUAAUCGUGUAAAGUUGGUCAAAACAGACGCUGAUAAAGAUGAUGAUUAUGUUAAUGCUUCAUACAUUCAUGGCUACAACAGAGAACGUACUUACAUAGCUACACAAGGUCCUUUCAAUCCAAAGACAUUACAAGAUUUUUGGACAGUAAUAUGGCAGAACGACUCCACAAUAAUUGUUAUGUUGACCAGUCUGUACGAAGGUGAUAAGAUGAAGUGUCUGCAGUAUUGGCCGGACACAGAGCUGGACAUUGGUCCUUACACCAUUAAAAUGGACACCGAGCAUGUAUAUGACCAUUACAUACUACGUUAUUUGGUUGUCCAAUAUCAGGAAGAGGAAAAAAGAGUGACCCAGUACCACUUUACCGCGUGGCCAGACAACUCAGUCCCGGAGGAUCUAACGUCACUCAUCUGCUUCCGAAAUUUGGUCAGGAAUGGUUUGACGCCAUCAGACGGGCCAAUUGUUGUUCACUGCAGUGCAGGGAUAGGAAGAACAGGAACAUUUAUCGCCCUUGAUUAUCUUCUGGAAGAGGGCGCUGCUGAACAGAUGAUUGACGUCAAAGGAUACGUAGCUUCUCUUCGACAUCAGCGCGGGAAAUCUAUUCAGACUUGUGAGCAGUAUCUCUUUCUUCAUGACUCACUGAAUGAAGGAUUCACAGGCAACAGUGUUCACAACAGCGUUUUGUCGGUACUUUAA